AUGAAGACAAAAUCUGGAAAUCAGAGCCUUUCUUCUGAAUCGCGAGAAUUAGAGGGCUCUAAAGACCUUCUCACGGGUAACCCUCCCACCAGUCAAAGCAAAAAAACUGUAAAGCAGCGCUUCCUCAAACUGCUGCCCUGCUGUCACACUGACUCCGCCCCUUCUGUCAAUCAAAACAGCGUGGAUGAGGACUUCCAGGUGUCCACAGUGUGUUACAGACCAGAGGGUUUGGAGAAGCUGCAGGACAUGACCAGGUUCUCCAGGAAGGAGCUGCAGAUCCUCUACAGGAGUUUCAAAAAUGAAUGCCCUAAUGGCAUAGUGGAUGAAGAGACAUUCAAGUUCAUCUAUUCCCAGUUCUUCCUUCAGGGAGACUCAAGUACGUAUGCCCAUUUCCUGUUUGAGGCCUUUGACAGACAAAAGAAUGGAGUCGUUAGUUUUGAGGACUUUGUGAUUGCGCUGUCGACCAUUCUGCGUGGGACAGCCAUCGAUCGGCUCACCUGGGCAUUUAACCUUUAUGACCUCAACAAGGACGGCUGUGUUACCAAAGAGGAGAUGACCGAUAUAAUAAGGUCUAUUUACGAUAUGAUGGGGAAGUACACUUACCCCUGCAUGGAGGACAGUGCUCCACAGGAACACGUGGAAAACUUUUUCCAGAAAAUGGAUCAGAACAAUGAUGGUAUUGUCACAAUGGAGGAGUUUCUGGAAUCAUGCCAAAAGGAUGAGAAUAUUAUGGAGUCUAUGCAGCUUUUUGAUCACAUCCUUUAG